CAAUAUAGUAAUCCUUUAUCAUUUGAUUUUCAAGGGGAUACACUUCACUUGUCAGGCGUUGAUAUUAUCGCUGGAACACCUGUGCUAGACAUCAAACCAUAUAUUCCAGACUACGAUUCUCCAAAAACAAGAAGAGAUGAUACCAACAGUGAAUAUAGACAAACAUCACCAUUCACAGACUCUCAGAUGCCCCAAGUGAUGGAUCUAGAUGAAGAACCAAACAUCUCAGGGACAUCAUCUGAACCCUCCUCAGUGCUCAGAGUUUGUCCAGCUGGACCUUCAGAUUUCUCUCAGUCAGAAAGGUCUGGAUCCAGUGAUGUGACUGAUGUGUUAGCAGAGGUUAAAAACUAUGUCAAACAACAGCAGCUUUUCACUGAAUGUCCAGAAGACAAACAGACAGAUUCUCCUGAAUGCACUUCAUUGUCAACCAACCAUUUAAGUUCAUCCAGUCUUAAAUUUGGAUGUGAGGACUACAGUACUAUCGCUGCCUGGGUCAGGGCACCUCCUGUCAGUAACCUAGACGUGCGGUUUACUGCCAAUGCUGAGAAAGAGCUCAAAGAGUUUGUUUCCUGCAACAGUACAGACCGCACAAGACCAAAGUUCCAGUUCUUGAAAGGACCAGAAGAAGCAGUGGCAGCCAUCAAAGGCAUUCUGUCAGCUGACCCUAGAUCAGUAUAUCGUCGCACGCGUUGUCAAGACCGCCUGUUCUUCUUCACCCUGGAUACAGCUGACAUCACCUGCUGGUUUGGAGAUGGUUUUGCUGAGGUUGUGAGAGUCAAACCUAUGGAGAGUUAAGAACUCAAUGUUGUCUGAGAUUUCUGUCAAAUUCCCGCAAUUUCAAGAAUAAAUACUGAGAUAG